GUACGCCUGCAAAGGCAGAAAAGAAAGGAAAGAGAUGCAACCGCUUCUGGGACCCCGAGAGUAACAAGGAUUGUUACAGACGUAUUAGCACAGCUAGGGUAUGCGACAGAGCCGGUGGUGCAAAGGAGGGUAGUAACGGCUGUCCAAGUGAAAGGAAAGGAGCCGGUGAUAGAGGAGGCUGUUCAGGAGGAACUCUGGGAAGAGGAAGAGCCGGUGCCGCAGCGCCUAACGAACGCCCAGUGCAACGUGCGUAACUUGGCGCAGGGCGGACAGGRAUCAGGAAAAGCGGAGGCGCCUCAGGCCUUGACAGCGACCCCUUUAAAUAUGRCGGCUCCAUCAUCUAGUAUAGGCCCCUUGCAGGGAGGGGCGCCCUCCUACGGACAGUGGCCYUGGCCGGUGAUUAAUGCAAUUGUACCAUGCGGUACCCCGCCACCAGUAGCCGGACCGCAAACGAGCAUGCCGCCUCCCAUCUACCCCGCAGCCCAGGCCCAGCCUGUGGCCCCGCUACCGUUACCCGCCCCUAGUUCACAGGGAAGCGUGGCUGGAGGUGGGAACCAAGGGCAGGGCAAUCAAGGCAACGGAGGGAGGGGUGGAGGAAGGGGGCGAGGCAGGAAUGGCGGCGGAAGAGGAAGGCAAUGGAAUGGUCAAGGCCAGGGGUACCAAGGCCAAGGGAAUCAAGGUCAGGGGUACCAAGGCCAGGGGUACCAAGGCCAAGGGAAUCAAGGCCAGGGAUACCAAGGCCAAGGGUACCAAGGUCAGGGGUAUCAAGGCCAGGGGGAUCAGGGAAGUCAGGGGUAUGGAAGACCCCGUUUUGACUGGAGGACGGCCAUCUGCCAACAUUGUGACGAGCAAGGCCACACCAUAAGGUCCUGUAAUAUAAGACGGGAAGACGAGAGGAGCGGGCAGAUUUCCUCCACUAUGGAUGGGAACAUCUACGAUCAGUUUGGGGAGGCCAUUGACAAAAGGCUUGGAGGAGUGAGGGCGGAAGCCCAACGAAGUGCGGCAGCUGGGCCGCCACCCCCUGCCAUGUUCAGGCUAUGGCAGGAGAAGGAAGGACCAUCGGUGGAGAUAGAGGAAUUCAGGUUAUGGCAGAAAAAAGGGGAACCACCGAUUGGGGUGGAGGAAGUGGGGAGCGAUGAGGAAGUGACUCAAGGGCUACGAGGAGGGAGUAAGAGAGAAGAGUCCGUAAUCAUUGAGUCAGAUGAUGAGAAUGAGGAAGAAUGGAUGGGACCUCCAUCCGUCUUGUUGGGGAAAAUGGAGGACCUGCUGRAUAAGAUGGGGAGGUACCAACAGAAGUUGGUGGGYCUCUGUGAGGAAGUGAGGAAAUGGAAGUCUAGCAUCCCCAAGGUGUUCCUCUACGACUCUGGUCCGGAGUCAGCGCCCGGGCGACCCGAAGUAAAUAUGGUAGGAUCAUGCCCACAAUCAGAGAUGAUGGGGAGACCCCUCACUCCGCAGGCCCGGCUGACGCAGACAGCACGAACGAGAAAUCAAACCAGAGCCAGCGCCAGCCAAGAACCUCCAAGGAGGGAGCAGGAGCCAGGAAAAAGGAAGGAGGCUGUGGAAGUGGAGGAUGAUGAUGAUGAAGAGGAAGAAGACGAGAGGCUGCGCCGAGAAGAGGAUCAGAGGGCGGAGCAGCGGGCGAGAAAAAAGGGGACCAGGGGAGAAGCYGAGCCGGUCAUACGUGAYGGACCGCCCAAAAGGAAGAAGUAUGCGGUUCGAUUGGAGGAGGGGUUUGACGUGGAGAAAGUGAUCGACCGGCUGCUAGAAGGGCACAAUGACCUCAUGACUCUGAAGGAAAUCCUAGCGUCGGCCCCGCGACUCCGCGAUGAACUGAAGGGGAGAUUGUCGCGGCGCUUGGUGCCCAACGUCCAUCUGGGCACGAUUCUGCCCAAGGAGGCAGAGUGGGCGGAGUCAGGCACAAAGAUGGAUUGGAAGUGCGUGGCCUGCGGCACGGUGGAUUUGGUGGUGAAGGGUUCUAAGUGCGCCGCAAUGGUGGACACCGGGGCGGAAAUGAACAUCAUCCGGGAGACGGACGCGAUCAGAUUCGGGCUGGAUAUAGACCGGAAUGUGGACGAAGUCCCCGAGAGCCAGGACGACGAGUUCGAGGAGGGGGAGAUUAAGGAGGUUUUUCAUGCAGAGGAGUACGACGGGAUCUACCUAGAGCUGGGGCUUCUUCUGUCCUGCGAAAUACGGCUAAGGGAUGCGAGCGAUAAGGCUCAAAGGAUGCUGCAGCGCUACUUAGUGCGAGACGACCACCUUUUCGUGAGAAGAGAAGUGGGGAAUCCCAGGAGAGUCGUCUGCGGUAGGAAUCGUCAGAUCGACGUUGUAGCAGCGCUUCAUGAUGGCAUUGCAGAAGGGCAUCGAGGGGUACAAGCCACGUAUGCCAAGAUAAGUGAGUUGUACUACUGGGAUGGGAUAAUGGACAUGGUCGGGAAGUUCUGCCGAUCUUGCGUACCCUGCCAGGAGAGAUCCCGUUUAAGGCAAGGAGAGUCGCUGCAUCCAAGGCUAGAGCGAGAGGUGGGGGUUGUAGUGCAUCUCGAUCUACUGUUUAUGUCGCUUGGGGAUCAGGGCUAUAACUAUAUCUUCGAUGCGCGCGAUAACCUGUCUGGCUUCGUAGACGGGCAUGCUAUUCGCACAAAGACCGGGUUAGUCUUAGUGAGCUGCAUCGAGGAAUAUUACCUGCGCUAUCCUUUCGUCAGGGAAUUCGUAAUGGACAGGGGAUCGGAGUUUACCUGCCAGGAGGUACRAGAACUGUUAUCAAGGUCUGACUUUACGAAGACAGCCAUGCCAAGAGAAGGGAAGGGGACACGGCCGCCUCAGAGGCCGUUGGGCGCAUCAGGAGGAUAUGAGCGGCAUGGGCCUCACCAUCGAGAGAGUACUCYGGUCUACGAUGAUGGGGACGUCGAGCUAUUCCUGGACAGUUUCUGGGAGCAUGCGAGGCGUAUGGGUUGGACCGUGGCCAGGCGAUUGAGAGAUUGAGGGGAGCAGGCAGGUUCGAGGAGCCCAUUGCCCGGAUUUGUACGGAGAC